UAUUUCAGAUUCCAUUUCCAUUUCAACCAAGACCUAUCUGUGUUCAAAGUAAUAUGAUCAAUCAGGAACAAACUCAUUUUGGUUCUCUAUUUGUUCAAUAAUUUCGUUUGUUUCAGAUGAAUUCAGAGCUUCCAUUUCCCAUUUCUUCUUCUCAAAUCCCACCUGUAAUUCUUUCUUCCAACCUAUUUGAUUGGACCCGUCUAUCGAAACUCCCUUAUUAUACAAAGUCCUUUCAUGAAUACAUUUACCAAUAGCUAGCAUUGCUGCUUCAAAUCUAGCAGACAUUUAAGAAACUAGUUCUUAACCCAUUAAAUUUCCAGCAGUUCUGAUUUAAUCAUGAAUCCUUCACGCCCAGUGAAAGAAGAAUUUCCUGAAGGGGGUUCAUCUUACUCCGGCAAGCCGCCAUUGUUUCCUCCCCAGCCAAUGGAGGGUCUUAAUGAAACAGGCCCUCCACCUUUCCUCACAAAGGCGUUCGAUAUGGCCGAUGACCCAAACACUGAUCAUAUAGUUUCUUGGAGCAUAGCCGGCAAUAGCUUUGUUGUCUGGGAUCCUCACACCUUCUCCAUGGAUCUUCUUCCCAGAAAUUUCAAGCACAACAACUUCUCAAGCUUCGUCAGGCAGCUUAACACCUAUGGCUUCAGAAAGGUCGAUCCAGACAAGUGGGAGUUUGCCAAUGAAGGAUUUCUAAGAGGUCAGAAGCAUCUAUUGAAGAACAUCAAGAGGAGGAAGGCACCGUCACGGCCUAUCCCUCAGCAGCAAGCUCUGGACCCUUGCCUCGAAGUAGGACAAUUUGGAUUGGAUGUAGAAAUCGACCGGUUGAGGCGUGACAAGCAGGAACUCAUGAUGGAACUUGUGACACUCAGACAGCAACAACAGAAUACCCGUGCCCACCUUCAAACCAUGGAGCAAAGGCUACAAGGAACAGAGUUAAAGCAGAAACAAAUGAUGAAUUUCUUGGCAGGAGCAAUGCGGAAACCAGAUUUUAUCCAGCAAUUAGCCCAGCAAAAGGGAAAGAGAAAGGAACUAGAAGAAGCCGUCACAAAGAAACGGAGGCCCAUCGAUCAAGGACCCAGCAAUGUCAUUGAAGUUGGCAAAUCGAGCCUAAGAGGGUGGGAAGAACAGAACUCAACCAAGAGCGAACCAGAAGACUUCGGAGACCUUUUCGGGUUCAAACCGUCGGAGCUGGAGUUGCUGGAAAUGGAAAUGCAGGGAUUGGGUAAAUCCGGGACUGAGCAACAACAAGAAGAAGAAGAAAAGCAAGAAACGAAACUUGAGUGUGAAGAAGGUAAAGCACUGGAUAAGGGGUUCUGGGAAGAAUUGUUGAAUCAGGGCUUGGGUGAAGAAACGGGUCCCUUAGCCGCCGACGAAGACGCGGAGGACAUAAAUGUCUUUACCGAGGAGGACAUGAAUGUCUUGACAAAAUUUGAUCUUUUCGGCAGCAAGGGCAAGUCAGAGUUGAACUCCAAAGAGAACUGGAAGAUCUCCAACCAAAGUUGCAACGUUUUGCAACCUAAAACGUUGUGUCCAAUCAUGAAUCCUUCACGCCCAAUGAAAAAAGAGUUUCCUGAAGGGGGUUCAUCUUACUCCGGCGAGCCGCGGUCGUUUUCUCCCCAGCCAAUGGAAGGUCUUAAUGAAACAGGCCCUCCACCUUUCCUCACAAAAACGUUCGAUAUGGUCGAUGACCCAAACUCCGACCAUAUAGUUUCUUGGAGCAUGGCCGGCAACAGCUUUGUUGUCUGGGAUCCCCACACUUUCUCCAUGAAUCUUCUCCCCAGAAACUUCAAGCACAACAACUUCUCAAGCUUCGUCAGGCAGCUUAACACCUAUGGCUUCAGAAAGGUCGAUCCAGACAAGUGGGAGUUUGCCAAUGAAGGAUUUCUAAGAGGUCACAAGCAUCUAUUGAAGAACAUCAAGAGGAGGAAGGCACCAUCGCAGUCUAUCCAUCAGCAACAAGUUCUAGACCCUUGCCUCGAAGUGGGACAAUUUGGAUUGGAUACAGAAAUCGACCGGCUGAGUCGUGACAAGCAGGUCCUAAUGAUGGAGCUCGUGAAACUUAGACAGCAGCAGCAGAAUACCCGUGCCCACCUUCAAGCCAUGGAGCAAAGGCUACAAGGAACAGAGUUAAAGCAGCAACAAAUGAUGGCUUUUUUGGUAAGAGCAAUGCAGAACCCAAGUUUUAUCCAGAAAUUAGUCCAACACAAGGAAAGGAGAAAGGAACUAGAAGAAGCCAUCACAAAGAAACGGAGGCCCAUCGAUCAAGGACCCAGCAAUGUCGUUGAAGUUGGAGAGUCGAGCCAGAGAAGGUGGGAAGAACAAAACCCAAUCAAGAGCGAACCAGAAGACUUUGGAGACCUCUUCGGGUUCGAAGCGUCUGAGCUAGAGAUGCUGGGAAUGGAUAUGCAGGGAUUGGGUAAAGCUGGGAAGGAGCAACAAGAAGGAGAAGAAGAAGAGCUAGAAACUGAGCUUGAGGGUGAAGAAGGUAAAGCACUGGAUAAGGGAUUCUGGGAAGAAUUGUUUAACGAGAGCUUAAUUGGGUAAAGAAACGAGUCCCUUAGCUGCCAAGGAAGACGAAGAUCGAGGACAUGAAUAUCUUGACUAAGUUAGGUUACUUGAGUUAUUGAUCAA